UUUAUGACAGAAAGGAGGAUAAAAGAUGUUAAGAAGAAGCCAUUUUUGACUCGCUUCAUGCAUUAUCAUACGAUAUUAUUGGAUCAGCAUAUCGGUAAGUUCAACAUGUGUAAGCAAAUAAAAGAAGGUGGGACGUUCGAAACAAGGUCACGACUUUGGGACUUUCCUCGUACGUCAGAUGCAGUACGUCAGGUUGGACGUUACGUUGGUGUCACGAAUGCAGAAAUAAUACAAAUCUGGGUUUUUCUCUUGGAUGGACGGCCGAAGGCGAUCACAACAAGAAAGUUUGCCACGCGGAAACUCGUUGCGGAUUGUACAUAGUUUUGAACCAAUCGAACCCAGCCUGUUUACCGGAAUUCGACGUGUUAAUUUACGAACUUUUGUUCGAACGAGCAGACGAAGAAUGCCCUUGCGCCUCGCCCCGAGCUCUAGAUAUUGAUCCUUGUAACUCGUGCUCAUCACCAAAACCAUCAAUAUUUUAUUUGCGGCUGGUGAACGAACGUUCUUGCCAUUUCUGUUCUACUUCGUAGCGUGACUACAGACGCUUCAAGAAUACUAUGUAUUUUUGCGUAACAUUUUUACUUAACCGUAAUUCUAUGUGUUUGCAACCAUGAAUGAUGAGGCGUGGAAGUAAACUUCAUAGGAAACACGUGGUACAACUAUGACAGACUUUUGGAACAAGUGAAAAUUAGUUCUGAAUGCUAUUUUUUAAUUAUUGUCAAAUACUGUUACG